GCUGCGAAAACUAACUAAUUCAAUUUUAACAGACGUGAAACAAAUUUGUUUUCUCAAUUUCUACUUCUUUAUGAAUGCUGUCUUUUAAUUUUUUAAGCAGUUAAAUUACUGAAACAUUUCGCAACAAUGAUCAACUUUCUCAUACGCUUUCUUUUAACGAACUGCCUGUACCAUUCCGAGUGAUCGGAGGUAUUGUAGCCCUACGCCAGAGUGAUGUAACGGAGAAUACAGACCGGCGUGUUGUUCUUCCACAUCCACCUCGGGAUGAGAGUUUUUCUUUAUCGAGCAGCUACGACGCUGUUGGAUUGGCUCACACACCCCCGUUCCACCAUCGCAGCCACGUGUCUGCUUUUCCUCCCUUGUCCGAGUGCUCUGGAUCUUGUCCCAGAAUAAGAACUCGAUUCACGAUUGGCCAUGAGUAUCUUGCGGAGCUCUUCAAGGCCUGGUCGCGAACUUUCGGAAACCGUGUGCGGGCCAGGAGGGGAGACUUAUUACGUGUGGCCAGCUUUCCCUACGGACGGUUCGGAUAUCAAAACCCCCCUUGUAAAAUCUCCCGACACUCGGACGACUAGGAGACCGGAGCGGGUCGAGCCAGUCCGUUAUGUCAGAAGAAGAGUAACGGCUAAUAGGAAAGAACGCAGACGAACAUUGUCUCUUAACAAUGCUUUCUCUGAAUUGAGGGGUUGCAUCCCGUAUGUUCCUCCCGACACUAAAUUGUCCAAAAAGAAGAUCUUGAGAUUAGCCACUAGUUACAUAGCAUAUUUAACGGAAGUAUUGGCCGAAGAUGAGUCCUUUAAAUCUACAGCAGAGUUCCGAGCGGAAAUCACCAAAUCAUCCGACAUUUCCAGUGGUAAAAAGAGAGAACCCGAAACGCCAUCUCACUUAAUUGAUAGCACAAAAAGUCGGAAAGCCAAUGGAAGAACAGGAUGGCCUCAGGACAUGUGGGCAUUGGAACUGAAACACGAGAAUCCCACUUAAUGAAUGCCUUGCAGCAAGAUUUCCAAGGUUUUAAUUGUGAUCGACAUAGCUGUGAAACUAAAUGACUCUUUCGAACAAAAUUAAAAUGCUGAGCUGGACUCAAUAAAUGCGUGUUGAGAUAUAGAUACAUGCUGAGUGUGAGUUCCAAUUGAAACUAAAGUUUUGCGCCGAGGAAAAGCUGAAACGCAGUCUAAGGAACACGAGUCAAGUACUGUUACAUUUCUAAGAAAACGGUUCUCAUUUGCCUUCAGAAUAUCAAGCUGGAGAGCAUAGUAUCGUUUCAAUUCCGUGCUUUUCCAAACCGUUUUUGAAUAAUUUGUUGGUAAGACAGACCACGUCGUACGGUACACACGGGAUUUGGCGGCAUUAUAAUGAAGCAGUAAACGCGGUAUUUAUGAUGAGUAGUAAACAAGUCAUUUGCGUGUUGGCCACAAUUUUCAGCAUGGCGCUAAGGUCGUACCGAGUACUAGGAUUUUACCCUAAAUCUAAUAUAAUUUUAAAUUUGUAAAAUGCGAAAGAUUAUUUUGUACAGUGAAAUUUCAAAUUUGUUAUCUUUACCCCUUUUAACGAACGAACUACAGAACAAUUUUUAAAAGUCAGAAAGCUUUAAUACCAUAUUACUUGGGAGUUUAAGCCAUAAUAAGACUUAAACUGAGAAACUGGAAAAAAUAUCAAAAAUAGCCGCCGGACUUAAAACUGGAAAAGGUAAUCAAAAAUAGUUGCCCUCAAACUCAAGCGCAGUGGGAUGCUAAAAUUCGAAAAAUAAAAAAUACUUAAAAUUCUUUAAUAAUAAUAAUAAUAAUAUAAAAUUCUGUUAUAAAAUCUUCAAUCAUUCGUUGUGAGAGGUGGGCAGAAAUAUGUUUUUGAAAUACUAGCUUUAAUAAGCCUUAGCCAAAUUUUAGACCUUAAAAAUUUGAAGAAAUACUGGAGUUUUACGGUAUAAUGUGUGUAUACUUUAAAUGAAAGUUCUACGAACAUAUAAUUGUUAAUUAUGACACCGGUAAGGUGGACAAGAAUAUUUUUCAUCAGCCACUUAUUUUAGAAUAUGUAUAUAUUUUCCUAGAAGUACUAAUAUGAAGAAACAUGCGACACUCUUAGAUCACAGAUUUUUGUAAUGAAUACAAUUUUUACAAGUUUUUUUUUUUAAAUCUGCCUUAAGGCUACAUUAGACUUUGCCUUUCCCCAUAUUGUAUAGAAUGUUUCUAAUUAAAAGUGAUUUUUCGUACAAUCUGAAGUCAAAAAUAAAAAUUCAUUUUCAGAAAUUUAAUAUAAAUUAUGUGAUUCGUAAAUUCAGUGCCUUUAAAAUCGAGUUUUAACGUUUCAUUUUUUAUACUUACAGAUAAAACUUCUUGUGAUAAUAAAAAAGUGUGAAAACAAUGAUUCGAAAAAACCUUUAAAAGUGAUUUUUCGUACAAUCUGAAGUCAAAAAUAAUAAUUCAUUUUCAGAAAUUUAAUAUAAAUUAUGUGAUUCGUAAAUUCAGUGCCUUUAAAAUUGAGUUUUAACGUUCCAUUUUUUAUACUUACAGAUAAAACUUCUUGUGAUAAUAAAAAAGUGUGAAAACAAUGAUUCGAACAAACCUGUUUAUAUGAUAUGCAUUCAUAAUAUAAUUAUGAGCAUUAAUAAAGAACCUAGGAGAAACUUAUCACUUUUAUACAUUAAAAUUGCCUUCUCAUUUGUGGUUUCAAAGUGUAAUGACCAAAGCUGAUGCCAAAGUUUGUAAAUAUUUCUCAGCAAAGCAAAUUUAAUAGUUUUGUUAUGUAUAUUUUUUUAUGGAAAGCCAAAGAUUUGUAUUUUAGAUUAUGCUGAUUUUGUAAAUAAAUUUUAUCUCAAAUAUAUU